UGGAUUGGCUAUAUACAUAUAAUGUGUACCAGUCAGUCAUUAGAGAGUGAGCAGUGUUGAAAAAGAUUUCUGGCAUUAUCUGUAAUAAUUACAUUAGUUUACCUUGUGUAUAUGGAAAUUAAAGUAUAGAGCAGCUGUUUUAGUAAAGCGUAACAAUGACAGAGGUUCAGCCUCGCGAGAUAAAGAUCUUAGAGACUGCUGAGGAUAUCCAGCAGCGGAGAGAAGAAGUUCUCGGUCGUUACUCCGCCUUUAAACAGGCCAUCUCCGACCGUCGUAACAAGCUUGAAGACUCACGCAGAUACCAGUACUUCAAGAGAGAUGCUGAUGAACUGGAGAGCUGGAUUUUGGAGAAAUUACAGACUGCCUCAGAUGAGAGCUACAAAGAUCCGACCAAUUUACAGGCCAAGAUUCAGAAGCAUCAAGCUUUUGAAGCCGAGGUUGCUGCCCAUGCCAACGCUAUUGUUGUCCUUGACAACACAGGAACAGAAAUGAUUGACCAAGAACACUUUGCCUCCGAAAUUAUCAAGGAACGCCUUGAUGAAUUACACAGACUAUGGGAACUGCUGUUAUCAAAGUUGAAGGAGAAGGGAACCAAGCUACAGCAGGCAUUGAAACUUGUACAGUUUAUGAGAGAAUGUAAUGAAGUUAUGUUCUGGAUACAUGAUAGGGAAGCUUUCGUAACAUCCGAGGAGUUUGGACAAGAUCUUGAGCAUGUGGAAGUGCUACAGAAGAAGUUUGACGAGUUCCAGAAAGAUCUACAGAACCAUGAGGACAAAGUGACCGAAGUGAACACGCUGUCACAGCAGCUGCUGGAAGAUGGACACCCGGAUGAGGAGACCAUUUCACAGAAACGUGACGAGGUGAACGAGGCCUGGGCGAGACUCAAACAACUGUCCCUCCUCAGACAGGAGAGAUUGUUUGGAGCUCAUGAGAUUCAGAGAUUUAACAGAGAUGCUGAUGAAACUAUUGCAUGGAUUAUGGAGAAAGACGCGAUCCUCUCCACAGAUGACUAUGGCCGUGACCUUGCUAGUGUGCAAGCACUGAGACGUAAACAUGAGGGUGUUGAGAGAGACCUUGCUGCCCUUAAUGAGAAGGUUUCUGCACUUGGAGCAGAAUCUAAACGUUUGGAGGAUAUUCACCCAGAUCAUGCCGAGGCUAUCAACAGUAAACAGACUGAGAUUGAAGACAACUGGACACGUCUGAAGGACAAGGGAGCAGAGAGAAAAUCCAGGCUGGAUGACUCAUACAAUCUUCACCGUUUCUUGGCCGAUUUCCGUGACCUUGUAUCGUGGAUCCAUGACAUGAAGGCAAUUAUCUCAGCUGAUGAUCUUGCCAAAGAUGUGGCAGGAGCCGAGGCCCUUCUAGAGAGACACCAGGAGCACAAGGGGGAGAUCGAUGCUCGCGAGGACAGUUUUCGUUCAGCCAUGGAGUCUGGAAACAAACUGGUUGAUACUAACCACUAUGCUGCUGAUGAAGUCAGGGAAAAGCUUCAUACACUGUCGACAGAAAAGAACAGCCUGUUAGAGAUGUGGGAGGAACGCAGAAUCCUCUAUGAACAAUGUAUGGACCUUCAACUCUUUAUUAGAGACACAGAACAAGCCGAUGCCUGGAUGACCAAACAAGAGGCUUUCCUGGCCAAUGAAGACCUGGGUGACUCACUAGACAGUGUGGAGGCAUUGUUUAAGAAGCACGAUGACUUUGAAAAGUCCCUGGCCGCACAGGAAGAGAAGAUCAAGGCCCUUGAUGAGUUUGCCACCAAGCUGAUUGAGAACGAGCACUACGCUGCCGACGAUGUGGCUGCAAGACGUGAUCAGCUGCUUACAAGAAGGAAUCGUCUCUAUGAAGCGUCACAGUUGAGGCGACACCUGCUGGAAGAGUCCUACAAGUUCCAGACAUUCCAGAGAGAUUGUGAUGAAACAAAGAGCUGGAUUAAUGAAAAACUGAAGACAGCUUCUGAUGAAAACUACUUGGACCCAACCAAUCUUCAAACUAAGGUACAGAAGCACCAGAACUUUGAGGCGGAGAUUGAGGCCAAUAAGAACAGAAUAGAUACCAUACAGACGUCUGGUGAACAACUGCUGGCCGAGGAACACUAUGCCUCAGAUACCAUCAGAGAAAGGACAGAUGAAAUUCUUGAGCUGUGGGACAAUCUACAGAGACAGACAGAGUUCAAGGGCAACAAAUUGAAGGAGGCGAGUCAACAACAGCAGUUUAAUCGUAAUGUUGAAGACAUCGAGUCUUGGCUGUCAGAGAUCGAGGGACAACUUAUGUCCGAGGAUUAUGGGAAGCUACUUCGGCGACAUGAUUUGACCAGUGUGCAGAACCUUCAGAAGAAACAUGCUCUUCUUGAAGCUGAUGUUGCCGCUCACCAGGACCGUAUUGAAGGUAUUGCAGUACAGGCCCAGUCAUUUGUUGAUUCCGGACAUUUCGAUUCGGACAAUAUCAAAGCCAAACAAACGCAGCUUCUUAACAGAUACAAAGCCCUGAAGGAUCCGAUGGCAGCCCGUCACCAGAAGUUGGAGGACGCCCUUCGUCUUCAACAAUUCCUUAGGGACGUAGAAGAUGAAGAGGACUGGAUCAGAGAAAAAGAGCCGAUUGCUGCGUCCACUAACAGAGGGCGUGACUUAAUUGGAGUACAAAAUCUGAUGAAGAAACACCAGGCCCUACAAGCCGAGCUGGCCGGACAUGAGCCCAGGAUCAACAACGUUAGCCAACAAGGAGGAGAAAUGAUCAAAGACGGUCACUUUGCUGCUGACGAGAUACAAGGAAAGAUCAGUGACCUAGAAGACAGAUGGCAAGCUCUGAAGGACAAGGCCUCCCAGCGUAAACAAGAUCUAGAGGAUUCUCUACAAGCCCAGCAAUACUUCGCUGAUGCUAACGAGGCCGAGUCUUGGAUGAGGGAGAAAGAACCGAUUGCCUCAAAUACCGACUAUGGUAAAGAUGAGGACUCUGCUGAGGCUUUGUUGAAGAAGCACGAAGCUUUCUUGUCCGACCUCGAGGCUUACAGCACUGUCAUCGAGGGUCUACAUGAUCAGGCCCAAGCAUGCAAACAACAAGAGGCUCCAGUUAUAGAUGAUCUUGGUACUGAGAAGGUGAUGGCAUUGUAUGACUACACAGAGAAAUCACCACGAGAGACCUCCAUGAAGAAAGGAGAUGUUCUUACUCUACUGAACAGUACCAACAAGGAUUGGUGGAAAGUUGAAGUAAACGAUCGUCAGGGUUUCGUACCAGCUGCCUACGUGAAGAAACUUGACCCGAGCCUGUCUGCCAGCCGUAACAACCUGAUGGACGAGUUCACCAUCUCGGUCAGACAGAACCAGAUCGAGACCCAGUACGCCAACCUGCUUGACCUCGGUAAUCAGAGACGUGAGAAGAUACAGGAGUCGUGCAAGGCGUACCAGCUCGUACGUGAAGCUGCGGAACUCGCCGCCUGGAUCAACGAGAAGGAAGGUAUCAUGGUAGCGGAGAAUGUGGGAGACGAUCUGGAACAAGUUGAAGAGAUGCAGAAGAAGUUUGACGACUUCAGAAAGGAUUUGAGAACAAAUGAGGCAAGAUUACAGGAGUUGAACAGUAUCGCAGACAGACUGACGGCCAUGGGUCAAACCGAGGCUGCCGAAAAGAUCAGAGAACAAAUUGCUACAUUGAACACAAGAUGGGCUACACUCCAACAAGUUACAGCAGAUAGAGCCCAGACACUUGGUAGUGCCCAUGAAGUACAGAGAUUCCACAGGGAUGUUGAUGAAACUAAAGACUGGAUCAAUGAGAAAAACCAGGCUCUCAACAAUGAUAACUAUGGUCAUGAUCUAGCCAGCGUGCAAGCCCUGCAACGUAAACAUGAGGGACUUGAGAGAGAUCUUGCUGCUCUGGGAGAGAAGGUACGUGAUUUGGACGAGUCUGCCAAGAGAUUGAUGAUGACUCACCCAGAUCAAGGAGAACAAAUCUACGAACAUCAGACAGAAAUCAAUGAGAUGUGGAAUGAACUUACUGCCAAGGCUGACGGGCGUAAAGCCAAACUUUUAGACAGCUAUGACCUCCAGCGUUUCUUGAGUGACUACCGUGACCUCACAUCCUGGAUCAACAGUAUGAUGGCCUUAGUUUCCUCCGACGAGCUUGCCAAGGAUGUGACUGGUGCAGAGGCUCUUCUUGAACGUCAUCAGGAUUUAACACAGCCCCCGCCAUCGUGCGAGAAUAUCGAAAAGCUAAUGGCGACCUCAACCGAACCUACUGUCAAUUUGCAGAUGUUCAGUUCGGAGAUUGUGAGCCACUAUGGUAUAACUCAGCUGCCGCCCCAGGCGGAGGGCGAAGAAAUUGAACCGGAGGACGAGGAGCAUCGUACGGAGAUUGAUGCGCGGUCUGGUACGUUCCAAGCAUUUGAAACGUUCGGCCAGCAGUUGUUGCACAACUCGCAUUAUGCUAGUGAAGAUGUGAAGACAAGGCUUGAAGAACUUGCCGUGGCCAGAGAAGAAUUAGAACAGGCAUGGAUACAGAGACGUAUGAAGUUAGAUCAGUGUUUAGAGUUACAGUUGUUUUAUCGUGACUGUGAGCAGGCCGAGUACUGGAUGGCAUCUAGAGAGGCGUUCCUGUCAGGUGACCAGGUGGACGGUGAUAACGUGGAGUCACUGAUCAAGAAGCACGAGGACUUUGAUAGAGCUAUUAGCAGCCAGCAAGAGAAGAUACAGGCGUUGCAGGUGUUUGCUGACCAGUUGAUUGGUGGAGAACAUUAUGAUGCCCAAGCCAUUGAAGACAAACGUGAUGCCGUGCUUGACAGAUGGACUAACUUGAAAGACGCUCUUAUUGACAACCGUUCGAAGCUUGGCGAGGCUCAGACCCUCCAACAGUUCUCUAGAGAUGCUGACGAGAUGGAGAAUUGGCUACAGGAGAAACUUCAGAUCGCUAGUGACGAGUCGUACAAAGAUCCUGCUAACAUUCAGAGUAAGCAUCAGAAGCAUCAAGGAUUUGAAGCAGAACUGGCUGCCAAUGCUGACAGACUUCAGGCUCUUCUAGCCACUGGACAAGCAUUGAUUGACCAGAAACAAUGCGCUGGGUCAGAGGAGGCUGUGCAGGCACGUCUAGAAAGUCUUGCUUCUCAGUGGGAGACCCUGGUAGCCAAGUCUGCUGAAAAGAGUGAUAAACUAAAGGAGGCCAGUAGACAACAGACUUACAAUGCUGGAGUUAAGGACAUUGAAUUCUGGCUAGGCGAGGUUGAACAAAUGUUGGCUUCCGAGGAGUAUGGCAAGGAUCUUGCCUCGGUCCAGAACCUGUCCAAGAAGCACCAGUUGCUGGAGGCCGAUAUUGCCGCCCACGAGGAUCGAAUCAAGGACCUGAACUCCCAGGCUGAUCAGUUCAUAGAGAGUGGAGUGUGGGACGCUGAAAGCAUUGAGGUCAGGAAGCGAACAAUCAAUGAAAGAUACGAGAAGAUCAAGGAGUUGGCUAUUGUACGUAAGACAAGAUUGAACGAAGCUAACACGAUGCAUCAGUUCCUGAGAGACAUUGAUGACGAGGAGGCUUGGAUCAAGGAGAAAAAGUUGCUUGUAGGAUCUGAGGAUUAUGGGAAGGAUUUGACUGGCGUGCAGAAUCUACGUAAAAAACACAAACGUCUAGACGCUGAGCUUACCAGUCAUGAACCGGCCAUUCAGGCUGUACAAGAGACAGGAGCUAAGCUGAUUGGGGAGUCUGACAUCAACACUGAUGAUAUACAGAACCGACUAGAACAACUUGCCAAGAGCUGGGACGAGCUCAAACAGAUGGCUGAACGAAGAGGACUGAUGUUGGAAGAAUCGUAUGCCUUCCAGCAGUUCAGUGCUAACGUUGAUGAAGAAGAAGCUUGGAUAUCUGAGAAACAACGCCUCCUGUCUGGUGGUGAUCUGGGUGAUACCAUGGCAGCUGUACAAGGUUUGUUAAAGAAACAUGAAGUGUUUGAGACAGAUUUCCAGGUCCAUAGAGAGAGAUGCCAGGAAGUACAGAAAGAGGGAGAAAAACUUAUUGCUGAGGGCAACCACAACAAGGACAGUAUCUCCCAGCGUAACCAGGGACUACAAGACAAGUUGUCUGCCCUUGAUGAAGCCGCAGCUCUCCGUAAAGCUGGUUUGAUUGACAACUCGGCUUUCCUACAGUUUAUCUGGAAGACGGAUGUUGUUGAGAGCUGGAUCGCAGACAAAGAGAACCAGGUCCGCUCUGAUGACUAUGGUCGUGACCUUUCAUCUGUACAGACCCUUCUUACCAAACAGGACACUUUCGAUGCUGGUCUACAAGCAUUUGAGAAGGAAGGUAUACAGACAAUCACGGCAUUGAAAGAUCAGCUGAUAGCAUCGAAACAUGCUCAGACUCCUGCCAUAGAGAAACGAUACAAUGAUGUGAUGACAAGAUGGCAGAAUCUACUGUCCGACUCUGAGCAACGUAAACAGACAUUGUUACGUCUACAAGACCAGUACAGGCAGAUCGAAGACCUCUACCUAGCUUUCGCUAAGAAAGCCUCGGCCUUCAACUCAUGGUUUGAGAAUGCCGAGGAAGACUUGACCGACCCCGUAAGAUGUAAUUCGGUAGAGGAGAUACGACAUCUGCGUGAGAACCACGAGCAGUUCAAGGCCUCGCUGUCGGCGGCACAGGCUGACUUUAACCAACUAGCUGCCCUUGAUAAAGAAAUCAAGAGCUUCAAUGUAGGACCAAACCCCUAUACCUGGUUUACAAUGGAGGCCUUGCAGGACACAUGGAAUAACCUGCAGAAAAUCAUUAAGGAAAGAGAUGUGGACCUGGCCAAUGAACAACAGAGACAAGAGGAGAAUGAUCAGCUUCGUAAACAGUUUGCCCAGGCUGCCAACGCUUUCCAUGCCUGGCUAACAGAAACUAGGAUGUGGCUGUUGGAUGGAGGGGCUUCUAUGAUGGAAGGUUCUGGUACAUUAGAAGAUCAGUUGGAGGCAACAAAGAAAAAGGCAGUAGAAGUGAGAUCGCAGAAAGGACAAUUGAAGCGUAUUGAAGAUCUUGGUGCGGCCAUGGAAGAGAGACUUAUUCUCGAUAAUAGGUACACGGAGCACAGUACGGUUGGUUUAGCGCAGCAGUGGGAUCAGCUUGACCAGCUGGGUAUGAGAAUGCAACACAACCUUGAGCAACAGAUCCAAGCCCGUAACAGAAGUGGCGUGUCAGAGGACGCGUUACGAGAGUUCAGCAUGAUGUUUAAACAUUUUGACAAGGACAAGUCCGGAAAGCUCGACCACCAGGAAUUCAAGUCUUGUCUCCGAGCCCUCGGUUACGAUCUUCCUGUUGUAGAAGACGGACAGGUGGACCCAGAGUUCCAGGCCAUUCUCGACAUGGUUGAUCCUAACAGGGAUGGACACGUGUCACUUCAAGAGUACAUGGCGUUUAUGAUAAGCCGAGAGACAGAGAACGUCCAAUCGAGCUCGGAGGUUGAACAAGCUUUCCGAGCUCUAACUUCCGGCGAAAAACCAUUUAUUACAUCACAAGAGCUUUAUGCUAACCUCACUAAAGAACAAGCGGACUAUUGUAUAGGGCGUAUGAAACCAUACGUGGAUCGAACCGGACGUACCAUACCGGACGCUUAUGACUACGCCGAUUUUACACAGUCCAUGUUUGUUAACUAACAUAUAUAUAUAAUAGAGACACUUUUUUUACUAUUACAUAAUAUAUAUGUAUAGACAGCUAUAUAAUAGUGUUGUAUAUUCUAAUAGCAAGUGAAUAUAUUAUCAUAAAGUGCUUUGAGAUAUACAGGAAACUUUAAUAAAAAUAAAACACGAAAAGUUAAAGAAAUUCAAAGAAAAGAAAAUCGUCUUAACCAGAUAUAUAAGUAGUUUAAAAAUGAAUGCAAGAACAAAAUCAUUGUAUUUGUUAAUAAGCUUUAGGAAAUUUUUAGCCAAAGUUAAAAACGGCAGUUAUAGGAAUACUAAAUGUAUAUGGAAAACUUAUUUUUUUUAUACUCAGUUUUUUUGUAGUGGCUUUUGUAUUUGUUUUGGUGAUGGUGUCAAUAUGCAGGUGUAUGCAUACUGUCUAUAUUUAUUUGACAACCAGAAAAGAAUUAUCAAAUCUGUGUUAGAAAUUUUUAUCCUUU